AUGGCGGAUGCAGGCGAUGCCAAACCCACCCCUUCUGCGACUCAAGGGGCCUCCGCCGACCUGAGGCCUGCGGAACAAGAGACCAACCUCGUCAAGAACCCGCUCGGUGACCCCUCGGCUGAAGCCCCUGCAACUGAUGCCAAGGGCGACAGCGAUACUAAGCCUCCCACCUACACGGAAGCCGCCACCAAUGCCGCCACCACCGCGGCCAGCGCCGCAUCUGCUGCGGCCUCCAAUGUGAAGGACUCUAUGUUCUCUAUGUUUGGUGGCGGAGCUAAAAAGGAGCGCAAACCCGAAGAGGCGGAUGACGCUAAAGACGAACCCAGUGGAAGUUCCAAGGCGCAAAAGAAGGACGAAGACGAAGAGGUCGACGAGGAAGAAGCGGACGUCGAGUUCGAACCCGUCGUCCGAUUGACAGAGCGAGUCGACACCAAGACCAACGAGGAAUCUGAGGAGCAGGUCUUCAAGAUGCGGGCCAAACUCUUCAAGUUUGAUCGAGACUCAAGAGAAUGGAAGGAGCGCGGCACUGGCGAUGUCCGACUGCUCAAGCACAAGGAAAAUGGCAAGACACGACUGGUCAUGCGCCGAGACAAGACUCUGAAGGUUUGCGCCAACCACUACGUUACUCCUGACAUGAAGCUCUCCCCCAACGUUGGCAGUGACCGCAGCUGGGUGUGGAACGUCGCCGCCGAUGUCAGCGAAGGGGAACCCGAAGCCCAAACACUGGCCAUUCGAUUUGGAAACAGUGAGAAUGCGAACCUCUUCAAAGAAGCUUUUAUCAAGGCGCAGCAAGACAAUGAGGCUCUGUUCAAGUCAUGA